UGCGAUGUGCUUUCCUUCGGGUUAACGCUGCGACGCGGCUCCGUCAUGGCGAAGCUACCUCGAUGCGAUCAACACCAACACCGAGAGCUCUCAAAGUCUCUUUCCCCUCGCGAUUGACUUGAGUUGCCUGUCGCGGCAGCAGCAGCUGCAGUUCUAGUGCGGUAUCGCCAUCGCCACAGAGACAAAACUCCUGGGAUUGUAAGUCCUAUCGCGGGACUGGCAGCAGCAUCAGCUGUAGUAGUUGUUGUCCUUCUGUGGUGGCGAUGGCGAACCUAUACGGAAACGUGGGAGGUGGAGCAGGAGGAGGAGGAGCAGCAGCAGGAGGUGGAGGAGGAGGAGGAGGAGGAGGAGGCCGACAUGGCAAUGCCGGCGUACCUACUUCCAACGCCUGCUUUCUUUUCCACUUGCUCACGUUCUUGAUGUCUAUGUUCGUCUUCUGUUGGCACUUCGGUAAACAGGCUUCGCAGUUGCCUCAAGCAUGGGAUUUUGGCUGGUUCUUCAAGUUUUUAACGUUCUGCGGCUUCUCGUUUCAGAUGAUCGCUUUAAUGACCUCUCUUCUCUCCCAUCUCUUUCCUGAGGAGAAGGUGUUGAAGCGAUCAGCGAAUGAUAUGUCCUGUGCCAGCUUUGAAAUAGUCAAUGUUGUCACCCUAGUGUACUGGGCCGUAACCUUCUGGACGUCAGACCCUCUUUUAUUGGGAUGGGAUAAAGCCGCACGGAAAACAUUGCAAAAGGGACUGUCAAUAGGAUGUCCCUUGUGGUUAACAUUGGUCCUCAACAUUGGAAUUGUUGGCAUCUCUUGGGCUGACAUUCUCAUUACAGAGCGUAAUUUCAGGAGACUGACUCUUUAUAUGACACUCGUAUUUGGAACCAUUUACACGUGUUGGGUGCACGUAUGCGAAGCUCGAAACGAGGAGUACCCACAUCCUUUUAUAAGGCCAUCGAGACAACCUGAGGGCACACUCACAGUUUCUGCUGUAGCUCUUCUAUUCGUCUUUCUUUUCCACAAAAUUGGUUCCAAGUUGGCAAGUCGUGGUAGUUCUCCACUGGCAAGAAAGAUUAAACUGGUUUAAAUUCAUCUUAUUCUCUUAGAAGUGUGAUCUAUCUAGUAUUCUCUUUUGUACCAUACCAAAGUAUCAUUGAUGCGUUCAACCUAAAAGCACAUGCUUCGAGUUAUGUCAUAAGACUUAAUUCAGGUCCUGAACAUAUUACGGUGUACAAAGAAUGUUCUUAUACUUGUAUCUUGUUCUUUUUUGUGUU